AUGACUGGUGAGGAUAUGCGUAUGCGCUGGAUUCUCCUGUUGGAGGACCGAUGUCCCUGGGAAAUCCCGGGUUCGAGACCUGUGAGGGUCGAAAACACUUCCGAUUGGCUGGAAGAUCAACACCAGCGCAACGGUGAACAUUUAAUUCGCACGGCGAUUAUCACGCGCGGGACGCAAAAAGAUCCGCUUAGAUCAGCGAACCUGAACCCAACCUGCCACCUCCGCCAUUCCCAUCUCACUUGCAGGGCGGCCUCGCCACGUCAGCAUCCGUACCAUGUACAGUCGUACAACAUGGGCGAUGAGUCAUACCACGGCAGAUGUGUCGUACAUUCAUCAUGCGGCGUGACACCACUUGGCCAACUUUCUCAAAAUCCGUUUUCCCAGCACUUCAAGCCGUCCAGUCACACUCCAAGACACACCAUUCCGCUAUCCGCUCCAACGAUCUCGCUGGGAUCUGGAAACAGACACGAGCGAACACGCGCACGAUGA